UGUGCUUGGAGGGAAGUUUAACCCGAGCACUCACGCACAAUACAUGGAUAAAUAGCCGAUGAAUGUUUUUGAAUGGGUUUGAGAAAACAUCCUUUUUUAGUAUUUAAGAGGCACAACGGAAUAUGCUAUAGUGGAAUGUUGGUUAAGUGUAUAACAAUGUAGUUCACGACAAGAAAUGAGCGAUCAGGGUUCUGUAGCGUCUCAGUCGCUGUUAGCCCCGCUAGCUAACGUUAGCCUCUGUUAACAGUGAAUGUGCCGCCGGCUGCGCGGCUUUAGCCUGCGGCCUGAAUCGGAAGAUACGGAUACACGAUCAUUGGUGAUUUUGUAAAGACGGACAGCGAUGAUCAUGGAUCGGAGGACGACGAGUUUGGAAAGUCGACUGUGCAAAGCUGUCAACGAUGGGGAACCCAGAUCUGUGCAGCUGCUUCUUUCACAGGGUGCACGUCCCGACCUGGUGGGUAGUAAAGGGGCGGCUGCGAUACACUUGGCUGCCGGCAAAGAGACGGAGAAGAACACGCGCUGCUUGAAAACGUUGCUGCAGUUCAGAGCAGACCCCAAUACCAGGACAUCAGAGGGCCUGACUCCUCUUCACAUUGCUGCACUGUGGGGAUGUUUUCAAAAUCUGAAGAUGCUCUUGAUGAAUGGAGGGGACCCAAACAUUAAAGACAAUGAAGGGAAUACACCAAGGCAGCUGGCAGAGCAGCAGGAGAAUCGGAAAUGUGCCCUGCUCCUUCAGGAAUACCAGUCCAGCUCAGUAGACACAGAGGAGGACGACGUUCCUCAAUUCCAAUACUCUGUGUAUUCAGACCCAACGGACACGUCCAGCUAUCCUGCUUCCGACUACAGCUUCAGUUCCCACUCGUCUAUGAUAAGUGACUUUGGUGAAGCCCCAUUGAGCAGCACAAGGCGAUCAUCGUUUCUAAACCUGUCUAACAUUAACAGCAGGCCAAGUUGCAGAGGAAUAGCAUAUAACAGACUCCCUGAUGUGGACACGAAGAGGCAACUCAACCAGGACUGGAACAAUCCCUUUGCACACUGGGCAGCUGAAGGUCCCUCCAUACUAUCAAGCACUCGUAUGUCUGCAGUGGGACUUGCAGCUCCAAUGCCAAUUCUUAAGGAGGAUGAUUUAUGUACUGAUGAUGAAGUGUUCAUGAUAAAGACAAAUGAUCAUGCUGCUGUGACUGACGGCAGAAUCUCUCCCUCCACAAGAGACACUCUUCCGGCAUUUCCCUCCAGGCGAGGAAGUCGCAAGAGUGUGAGUUUCAGGGAUGUAGAUGAUUAUUUCCCUGUUUUUAGUCCCGCGUCUCCCAAACAGCAGCCGGCUGCUGAUGGCAGCCAGUGCACCAGGACCUUGCCCUUUGACCUUUCUGAGUACUCCGACUUCCUGGAUUCAGAACGCAUGGCCACUGUUUUGCACAAGCAGGGCAUUGACGUCACAUCGCCGGAUCACGUCUAUGUGUUCUGCAGGGAGAACGGAAAGAGCGCAGCGGAGGACAUGGAGAAAACCGUCAUCAGCCACGUUGCUUUGGAAGAGAGCGAUGACGAACAGAAGGGGGAAACUGUAAAAGAGGCUCAGGUGAAUAUAGCUGAACGACCAGCUCUUUUAUGUGGGGGCAGCAGUAGCAGUGGGACUGCUAGCAGUCAUUACAGCAGCUGUGAGAGUGACCAUUACACCAGUGCUCUGGGCGCUUCCAUGCACCCCAGACAUGUUUUAUUCCCCGCAGAAGAGGAGGCCUCUGUCUCUGGGGAAUCUGGCAAAGAGACUGAGAUUUCUACAGACUAUAGCGAUGGGAACAUCACACCUGUUAAACCGCAGAUGGAUUCAGAACCUGAAACUAUAGAGCACUUACCUGGAAUCCUCGAUAACCUGACCUUGUAUGGGAUAAAACAUCCAAGCACUGAUGCUUUUGCUUGUAAAGGUCCUGAUGUGGAUACUGCACAUGCAGGUGGUGUUGACAUGGCGGCUACAAAGCUGACGAAAGACACAAAAGCUAAUGAUGCAGUGGAGAUGUUAGAGGAAAUAGCUGACCUUCCAUUCACGCCCAGUCCUUUUGUAACUGGCAGGACUCGCUCAAGGUUGAGUCGCUGCUCACUGAGAACAAGCAAAACUUUCGAGAGCCUCCUCUUCACAUCUUCUCUGUUCGAGGAGACCCUGCCUACACCAGUUCGGACACGCCGCCAGACGCCCAGGUCUCAGAGCAGUGAAGACUACUACAGUUCACCGUGUGCUCCUUAUCAUACGCCCUCCUAUUCGGAGGGUAGCACAGGGGGAGACUCGUUGCCUGCAGAUGUUCAGGAGUCACAGUCUUGCACCCUGAGAGCUGGCCCAAGUGUUAGCAAUAGCCAAGCGGAUACCCUCAUCCUCUCCAAGAGUGUAACUGGCAGCGUUACCGAAUCAGAGACUUUGUCAGAUACAGUUGCACUGGAGAAAAGCCAUGACUCUUCAAUUGAUGCUUAUGAGAAAAACCUUGCAGAGAUCGUGCUUGCUAUCCGAGGCAAAGAGAGGGAUCUUGCCGAAGGACGGGAUUUCAUGACAGACGAUCUGACAAGUACAGAUGAGGCGUCAACGACGAGAAACGUAAAAGUCGAGGGCGGAGUGGGCAGCCUAAAAAACGAAGAUGUGUGGAUCACAGAGGACUGCAGCUCUCAGCCGGACUCUGUCUCAUCUUCGUCCAGCUCCAGCUACUUUUCCCCAAGGAGGUCCAGGGAAGACUCUGACCUGGCGUGCACCCCAAGCACCGGUUGCACCCCCAGGUACAGCAUGAGCAGGCUGUCGAACGCCCACAGGCCACAGCACCUGGCCAACCUGUCUUACACACCCGGAGGGCGGCCACUCAUUCAGGAUCUGGAAGAACCAGUGGAGUACCUCUACACUGACACCGAAGAGGGCCACAAGUUGAUUGAGACCCACGUCCCGCCAACAGCAAACACCUCACUCAGCUCCAGCAUGAGUACCACCACCACCAGCAGCGAGGAGACUGUGCUGUACGACUGGCGUAACAUGCAGAUGGACUUGAUGGACAACAGAGAAAAGGAAAACCAAAAGCCCCAGGUGGUGCUGCAGAUAAAGAAACACGACGAGGGGGGCGCGGACAAAUUCCUGCCAGCCACUAAAGGGAUGACCGACAAGGACCUGAGAUUGAGGCUAGUCGAGCUGGGGGAGAGUCCCGGUCCUAUCAGCAGCCGCACAAGGCCCACCUACAUCCGAAGGCUGCGCCGCCUGUUGCAGGAGUCGAGCUCCCAAUCACCACAUCACCAGAAGCAAUCAGAUCAGCCACAAGCAGUUGAUUUAGGUUAUAGUCCAGAAUUGUGUCGGGCCCUGCGGACCUUCCAGCUGCCCGACUGCCAGGCUGACGAGCAGGAUCUGUGUCUGCAGUUUGACCAACCAGAUCAAAACAGGAAGUGGAGGGAGGGCAUCAUCAAGUCCAGCUUCAACUAUCUGCUGCUCGAUCCGAGAGUGACGAAAAACCUCCCAUUCCGCAGUCACACCAUGACUCCGCAGGAGUGUUUUCAGACUUUUGUCCACGCCAUAUUUUAUGUGGGAAAGGGGAAACGCUCCCGCCCCUACAGCCACAUGUAUGAGGCUCUAGAGUACUACAGAGGGGACAAGACGGCCAAGAAAUUGUGCCACAAAGUGCAGCACAUCCUUCAGGUGUGGACUGCCGGGCAGGGCGUCGUCUCUCUGCAUUGUUUCCAGAACGUCAUUCCAGUGGAGGCUUACACAAGAGAGGCCUGCAUGGUGGAGGCCAUCGGUCUGAAGAUGCUCACCAAUCAGAAGCGAGGCGAUUUCUACGGGGUGGUGUCCAACUGGCAGAUGAGGCGGAAACGGGAACUGGGAGUCCACCUGCUCUACCGGGCCAUGCAGAUCUUCCUGGCUGAGGGCGAGAGACAGCUCAGACCAGCAGACAUCAGACAGUAGCGACCCCACUGGGGAGGAGUAUGAACAGCAGCGAAAGACCAACACAGGGAAAUGCCACUAGUUCAGCUUCUAAAAGGAAUCCUUGACUGAACAGUUUCACAUCUAAAAGGUCAGUGGGGUUUUCAACUUGAGGAUCCCUUGAGCUGUCACGUGGCAUUUCAUUCUUUUUUUUAUACUAUACAUAAACUCUGAUCACUCCCUCAGCAAAAUACGCUUUGUCACACACGUGACAUCCUCUGGUAAUAUUUACAUCCUGUGAAUUUGUCUCUGAAGAUCAUCUUGUUUAAUACUUUGUAUAAAUUAAGGGAAAAUGUGGAUGAAAAAUGAAUAUGAUGUGAAAAUCAAAAUUGUAACUGCUUUUUCAUUACAACAAAUAAGUACGACCGUUAUUUUCCAUAAACAUUAUUCCCAGUCGGACAUUUUCUUCUCAUCUGCUGUAAUAACGUUUUCAGCUCAUUCGACAACCAAAUUGAAAUACUUGGCAUGAUCUAGUAAAUUGGUGCUACAUUACACCUGAACAAGGGAAAACGUUUGUUAAAGCUUUUCCCAAAGAGGCUUGGAGGAGAGUGGUGCUAAAAGACAAAGUCUAGUACUAAAUUAUUUUACUUUUAUAGUGUUAAAAAAAAGAUUUGGUGGUGAACUUAUCAGAGGCCAGUAAUUGGUACUUAGUACGAUUUUCUUUUAUGAAUAAAUUAUUGAAGUUUGGACUUAAAAUGGAGUAUGAUUUGUUUACAUGGCUGGAUUUACAUUUCAUUUCUUGUAUUCUUGUAUUGACGUUAUAAUUGGUGUUUGAUAUGUGCACAGAGACGUAAAUUUGAUCUGACUUUGUAGAACGUGUAGAAACAAGAUGCUUGAGUUCGCCAGUAGUGCAUCAGCACUUAAAACCUUAAAAUGUCCAAGUAGCAGAACUAGUUUGUGUUAUUUCACAGACUGUAGUUGUUAUUUAUAGUAGCUGUUAUUGUCACAGUCUUUUUUGUUUGUUUUCUUUUAUAACUAAAAUAAUAAUUGAGAUUUUUCAGUCUGUCAGUAUCUGCCAUUUUAAACAAUCUUCUAUCCUGAAUUUUCAAAACAUUAUUGAUCAGGUUGGUGGGCUUCAAACCCAUUAGUCAUCUCCUCUGGGAAACACAGUUAAUUACUUAUCUGGAAGCUGCACAGUCUUUAUUUCACACGGGACGCUUUAAGACUAACUUACAAAAAUGAAUUUGUAUUUUAGUAAGAUGUAUAUAUAUAUUUUUUAAUUCUCAAUCCCCCUGUUGGCUCGAGACCAUCAUACAUGUUGAUUAAGUGUGUAGAUGCCUUUUUUAGGUUUCAGGGUAAAGCCCCUUUAGUGUGAUCAGUGAUUUGUGUUUUCUUGAUCGAUUAUCAGUUGUGUAACGAUAAAUGUAAUAAUUUCUGCAUACAUAAUCUUUUCAUUAUGAUCUAUUGUUUCCUGUUAAUGCUAUGCCCCACCCCCACCCCCUUAUUUUGCAUUCUUGUAAAAAUAUAGAAGACAUAAAGUUGAACGCUCUGGUCUUUUUAA